UUCACGGUGAAAGAGGAUGUUUUAGUGAAGGAAGACAAGUACCUUUUUCAAGUGAAAGAGGAGGAGGAAGAAAAGAUGACUAUCACAGUGAAAGAGGAGAAGGAGGAUGACGAAGAGGAGGAGGAGACUGGAGAUCAGAUUAACACCAGAGAGAGACCAGACUCUCAUUCUGACAGUGGGAAGAGUCCUUCAGAGGAACCAGACCCAGAGACAUCCAAACCAGCAAGACCACACCAAUGCUCCCAGUGUGGAAAGAGAUUUAUCCGCAUAGGGCAUCUGAAAGAACAUAAGAGAACACACACAGGGGAGAAGCCUUAUCACUGCUCCCAGUGUGGAAAGGGUUUUGGACAGUCAGGGUAUCUAAAAGUGCAUAAAAGAAAACACACUGGAGAGAAGCCGUAUCAAUGCUCCCAGUGUGAAAAUACAUUUUUCUCAUCAGGGAACCUGAAAUCACAUGAGAGAACACAUUCUGUAGAGAGGCCUUUCGAAUGCUCUCAGUGUGGAAAGAGAUUUAUUCAGUCAUCGCAUCUGAAAGAUCAUCAGAGAAUACACACAGGAGAAAAACCGUUCCAAUGCUCUCAGUGUGGAAAGGGUUUUACCUGGGUAGGGAGCCUGAAAGCACAUGAGAUGAAACACACCGGAGAGAAGCCUUUUCAGUGCUCACAGUGUGGAAAAAGUUUUACCCGGUUAGGGAACUUAAAAACUCAUGAGAUGACACACACAGGAGAGAAGCCUUUCCACUGCUCCCUGUGUGGAAAAAGUUUUAGCCAUUUAUGGAACCUGAAAAUGCAUGAGAAGACACACAAAGGAGAGAAGCCUCACCUCUGCUCCCAGUGUGGAAAGGGUUUUGUUCAGUUAGUGCACCUAAAAAAACAUCUAAGGACACACACAGGAGAGUAGCCUCACAUCUGCUCCCAGUGUGGAAAGGGUUUUGUUCAGUUAAGUGGCCUGAAAGAGCACGAGAGAGAAUACAUACAGAUCUUAAGGAGCAGGAGACAUACCAUAGGAGCAGGGAAAGCUUCAUUCCGGCAGGACAGAUGUAGGCUGAACAGUAGGACAUAGGACAGAUGUAGGCUGAACAGUAGGACAUAGGACAGAUGUAGGCUGAACAGUAGGACAUA